GUUUUCUGCCAGGCCUACAUACACUAUACUGGGCCUACCAGCCUACCCAUCUUAUCACAUAACCCACGCUUUUGUCAUAUCACUGGCAUAUAAAAGGCCACUUGGUAUUUUGGCGACAUCUGCAUUGGUGGUUGCAAAUACAUGUAGUCGAGACUCACUCUCUGAUAUUUCAAUGGAUAUUCUAAGGGUCGUCCUCUGCCAAGCCAUCGUGCUAGGGCUGGCUCUGGCCUCCACGCAGCGUGACCCAGGAAUAGCGUACCCCGCUCUAAAGAUCGCCUCGUUCAAUAUCCAGGCUUUCGGAGGGAGUAAGACACGAAAAUUGGAGGCUUUUGAAGUCAUAAAGGAGAUCAUUCGCCGCUAUGACAUUGUUGUGGUACAAGAAAUUAGAGAUGCAAAGAUGACGGCUUUUCCAUAUCUCUUGGCCCAAGUCAACCAGAUGGACCCAAGCAAUCCCUACGAGAGUGUGGUCAGCGCUCGCCUCGGACGGACCAAUAGCAAGGAGCAGUAUGGCUUCCUUUAUGAUCCAAACAAGGUAUCUGUGACGGACACAUAUCAGUACGAAGAUGGGCCAGAUGACGGGUUAGAUGCAUUCGAAAGGGAACCAUUCGCUGUCAGGUUUUCCUCUCCAACCACUGAGGUGAGUGAUUUUGCCAUCAUCAAUGUCCACAUUAAACCAAAUGACGCUGUGCGAGAGAUUGGCGACUUGACGCAUGUUUAUGAUACCGUUGAAGCCCAUUGGGAUCUCGAGGACAUCAUGUUCGCUGGGGAUUUCAACGGCGACUGCAAUUACGUCACCAAAGAGGAAUUCAAGUCCAUCUCACUGCGGACCGAUUCGAGAUUCAGUUGGCUGACUUCGGACUGCGAGGACACAACAAGCGGGAGUACCAACUGUGCCUACGACAGAUUCGUGGCCGCCGGUUCCAAGUUGAUAGACAGCGUCGUUCCUGGUAGUUCGGGAGUUUUUGAUUUUAAGGAGGCGUACGGGCUGACACAGGAACAAACCCGCAAAGUCAGUGACCAUUUUCCAAUCGUCAUAGAGUUAGCAGGAGAAAAAAUAUACGGCGUACAAACCAACUUACAAACCUACUGGUCCUUCAAAAUCCUGGAGGAAAAUUACGUCACAAAUGUCAACAACAUUCGCGCCAUCUACAGGUCGCCAGCAGCAUCAUAUACAACAAUGGGACUCAAAGAUGGCACCAUGUACUAUGAAGCAAUAGCUAGGAGGUCCCGUAUCUCAAACGUCAUGAACUCCCUAAAGGAAUUCCAGGAGGCCUACCCGGGGGUGAUCUCCGACAAUAUGCUGAGCAUGGUCCAGGCUCAUUUUGAUUCGAAAGCCAUGCAAGCGGAGCCCCCGUACGUGUACGGACUCGAUGAGGACCCGAGGUUGACCUUUGAUGUGGAAGUAAGGUGUAGCCUCCAAGACCCGUUAGACUGUAGCGUGACUGUGGAGAGGCGAACUCAUUAG